GAGGCGCUUGUUUACAUCCUCCUCUUUACGUUCACACAGAGUUUAACUUGUUGCAGCGACAUUAACAUCGUGUAAAGUUUAGUGAAGAACUAAGUUAGGUUGAGGACAAAGUUCUGACGCAGAGGAAAAGUCGUUCAUACAAACUAACGACGGGCUCGGACGAAGUUAGCUACGCAUGUUAGCCGCUAAGCUAACAGGUGUUAGCUAGCAGCUAGCAGGUGUUAGCUAGCAGCUAGCAGGAGUCAGAAGAUGGUGGUGCUGAGAGCUGGGAUGUGUCCUGGACUGGAGGAGGAUUUAAUACGAGACCUGCGAGCUGCAGACAUCAGAACAGUGGAGGACCUGGUCUCCUCCGACAUUGAGGAGCUGGCUCAGAAAUGUUCUGCUUCAUAUAAGGCUCUGUUUGCCAUCCGCCGAGUGCUGCUGGCCCAGCACACCGCCUUCCCCGUGUCGGGCGCUGAUCUCUACGAGGAACUAUUGAGCUCGACAGCCAUCCUCUCCACUGGAAAUCCCAGCCUAGAUAAACUGCUGGAUUCGGGCUUGUACACCGGGGAGAUAACGGAGCUGUCGGGAGAACCAGGAAGUGGCAAAUCUCAGGUCUGUUUCGGUGUCGCGGUGCACAUUUCCCACCAGCUGAAGCAGAGCGUGAUAUACAUCGACACGACGGGGGGGCUGAGCGCCGGCCGCCUGCUCCAGAUGCUGCAGAGUGAAACCAGCGACGCGGAGGCGCAGAUGGAAGCGCUUCAGAGGAUCCACCUCUUCCGCUCGUACGACGUCUUCUCUCUCCUCGACUGUCUGCACGGGCUGAGCAGCGGCGGGCUGCAGCAGGCAUCAGUGGGCUGCGGCGGCUCGGUGAAGGCGGUGAUUGUGGACUCGGUGUCAGCUGUUAUCUCUCCUCUGCUGGGAGGCAAACAGAAUGAAGGGAUGUCGUUGAUGAUCCAAGUGGCCGGAGUUCUGAAGACGAUGGCGAAGGACUUCAACAUCGCAGCUUUAGUGACCAACCACGUGACCAGGGGCGGGGGGGGCGAGCUGCAGCCGGGCCUCGGCGCGUCGUGGGAUCACAUCCCCAGAACCAGGGUGCUGCUGGAGCGGCUGGAGGAGGAGGCCGGGGGGGCGAGCCGCUCCAGCCUGCGCUCGGCCACGCUGAUCAAGUCCUCCAGACGGCCGUGUCUCAUCAGAGAGCAGUUCGACCUGCAGUGCUGGAGUCGCUCUAAAGAAGGAACCUCUGGAAAGAGAAAACGGGACGAGACCGAUUCCUGACGAGAGCCAAUUAAAAAUCCUCUGACAAAACAUCCCAGCAAAGCAGGGAGGAAGGACACGCCUCCUGCGGAUACAGUCCCAGAUCCAGCUGGGCGUGACUCUCUGGGCCGCGCUGCUCUCCUCGGGCUCGGCCAUGGUGUGCGUGGCGGAGGCGGAGUCAAAGUCCUCCACCACGUCGCCGUCGUACGCCACGAAGUAACGCCGCAGUUUGUGGAAGUCCUGCACGGAGACGGGCAGGAAGAGCUUCACGCCGCUGAAGAUGUCCAGCAGCGUCUGGAGGGAAGAGACGGAAGAGUCACGAGAAGAAACCGACGCCGGGUUUAUGCUUUUAUUUCAUUUUUACCUUUGUUUCAUGGACUUGGAUGAUGUGGAACUUUGUGGGCAACAUUUUAAAUAACAUAUUGGCUGAAAGAUAUUGUAAAUAUUUUGUAAGGUGUUAUUAUCAAACCUUUAUAUCAAGGAUAUGUAAUUGAGAUUUUACAGUUUAACCACAAUAUUUAAAAAAACUAAAUAAUAAAACCCCAACAAGGAUUUUUAGAUUUCGUGGAAUAAAGUCAUGAGAAUGUUUUUAAGUUUGAGUCCAGGUGUCGUUUUCCAGCAGGAACUUCAGAGGAAUCAAUGAGGAAUGUGGAGCAACGUGCUAAUACUUUAAUAAAGAUCUUACAAAUAAUGUAAUAUUCAAUCUUUUGGUUCCUCAGCUUCACAUUAUCAUAAGUAUCAGGACUUUUAAAAAGCUUGUGUAUGAACCUGAGUCUUUUCAGAAGGAACAGUAGAAAGAGAAAGAUUGAAGGGACAUUUAUCGGAUUUAUAAAAAUACUCAGCUUGUGUAACUGAAGUAAACUUAAUUGUAAAUAUUUGGGGCUUUAACUUGAUAUGAAUGUAUGAACUUGUUAUCAACACUGUAAUGUGGACGUUUU